CGAAUUCUCAGUUUCACUUACUAUCUCUCAGACAGGCAUCAUCCGUCUGACCUGCUGUCUGUUUCUCAGCUGCAGACAGAACAAGAUCAGCAGGGCUCUGAGCUGAAGAUCUUCUCUGAAGCUUCACGAUGGUCUGGGCUCUGCUCUCCAUGUGCUUCCUCGCUGUGGUGAUUCCAGCAGAAGGACAAUCAGCCUCAUGGGAGAAAGGAAAUCUGCAGGGAUGGAUGUUCAGUGUGGUGUCUGGUGGAGAAGUCCGGUUCCGUUCAGAUGCUCCUGCUAACGUCACCGGGCUCACCGUCUGCAUGAGGGUCCUGAUUGAGAAACUCUACUACAGAGUUCAGCUCACGUUCGGGAACAGCACUGAUGGAGUCUCUUAUACAGGACCUGGUUCUACUGAUCCUCAUUAUUUCUUACAUGUAAAAGGCAGCACUGUGAGCUUCAGGGUGUUCUCUAUGAUGGCGGCACAAGAGCAGAUGUGGCCAUGGAGGAACAGGUGCUUCACCUGGGAUUCCAGCAAUGGAAUGGCCCAGCUGUGGUUUGAUGGGAGAAUGACCAUCCGCAAAGGUGUCUCCAUAGGACAGGUGUUUUCUGGCCAGGUUGAACUAUCGCUGUCUGACUUUGAGGGUCAGGUGUGUGACGUCUACGUUUGGAACUCGGUCCUUCCUUUUAGAAAUCUCUACAAUUUCCUCAGCUACAAUAAGAGCAUCCCGUAUAGCAGCAUCCUGGACUGGAACCAGAUACAGUACAGCACCACUGGCUACGCUGUCCUGGAGCCCACUUACAUUACAGCAGUUUAAGCGAAGCCCAUUAGAGAGCGCGCCCUGAGACGGGUCUGGAGAGUUGAUGAAGCUUUUAACUCAUUCACAAUCUUCAUGAUGAAACAGGGGGUCUACAGUCCAGCCCACUGGUUUAGACCGCAUUAGAGGAGGCCAGACUAAAGUGACCUAAAGCAUUAGAGCCUUUAUUUCUCCUAUUUACUCCUCAGCAUGGCCUCCACUGGGAUCAAAUGGCUGAAUUUGAUCAUGUUCAUGUAAAUCUGAGCAAAUUGUUUUUACUGAUAUGCUUCAGAACCCCCUGCUCCCCCCUCACCCCCUGCUCCCCC